AGGCGAGGAGGCUCCAUCCACGCGUGGGGUCAGAGGAGAGAGGAGGACGCGGCGCCUGUGUUGGUGGUGUUGGCGGACGAGGUGGACGAGGUGACCCCGGGACGCUCGUGCCGCGUGUGCAUUUCACGGUGACGACGACGACGUCGUCGACGACGUCUCGCGCCUCGCGCUGCGGGUGGUUGCGAAUCGUCAGUGCGGUGGAAGCAGGCGAGCGAGGUGAAGCCGGGCUGGCAGGCGAUGCUGCAGGCAUGAUCACCAAGGUCUACUUCCCGGGCUGCUGCCUGCUGGCUGAGAGCGGGCUGCUGCUGGGUUGCCGAGACCCCGCAUCGGGCUCCGUGCUGGUGCUCGCCGUGUUGCAUUUCCCGUUCGUGCCGGCGCGCGUGCGUGCGUACCUCGAGGGGCUGCAUGUCUCCUCGGGGAAGGACCUCCGCGUCCUCGGCUCCUGGGUCAACGGGGCCCUCGGUGCCGCCGGUGCCGCCGGUGCCGGUGCCGCCGCCGGUGCCGCCACCAGGGACAGGAGCGAGGCCACGGCGAGGGCCAAAGAAGAUGGAAACUUCCUAAAAGAUCUGCGCGAGGUGUUUGGCCGUGACGUCUGGGUCCACAUUUUCAAGCAGACGAGCGAGCAGCUUCCCCGCUCCUGCCAAGUGUUUCGCAAGGCCGGCCCGGUGACGAUGGGAGCCUUCGCCCGUUUGGAGCGCGACACGCACCCCUACCCGCCUGCCGAGGGUGCCUGGACAGAAGACGGCGACUCCUGCAGCGUCAUCUUCAUCCGCUACGACCAGCGGAAAGUUUCGCUCGCCAAGUGGCUGGCUGAGGGUUCGGAAGUCGAGGAUCCUGAAGAGAGGUCUUGCACCGAUCCCGAUCCGGAACAAACCUCCAACGCUUCCCUCGGCAGUUGGGAUGCGGAGAGAGUCGAAGUUGUCGGACAGUCGAAGCACGAUGAUAAAAUCAACUCGAGGAACCUCACCGCAGAAGGGUUGCACCUGAGACGGCCAGAUCCCAAAUCCUCCGGCACCCGUAAGGACGCGACCGAGGACCUGCAGGCAGGCGAGCACGACCCCCGUCUUCGUCCAACUCCGUCUGCCGAGCCGACGCUUGAAGACGACGACGACGACGACGGCGGCGGCGGCGGAAGCGGCGGCGGAAGCGGAGGCGGCGAAGAUGCGGCGGCUGCGGAGGUGGCGGCGGAGAGCGCCGGGAGGAGGGACGCGGUGGGGCAGCCGGUGUCUGAGCUGGCGUUUGUGUUCGGCGCGGCGUCGGCGUGCCACGAGCUGUACGAGCUGGACGAGUACAACGAGGGCCCCGUGCGCACCAGCCACUGGCAGUCGGGCGGGCGCGAGGGCAGCGUCGUCGUUGAGCUGGUGAAGCACGUGUCGGGCCCCGCGUGCGCCGUGCUCACGUACCUGCUCGCCGGCGUCGCCUCCGUGUUUGGGAGCAGGAUGUUCUGGUUCUGGCCCCUGUCCUGGCUGUGGGACAAGCUCUCCAUGAGUCUGCAGGUGCGGCACCGCCUCGCACACCUACGGGAGGUCUUCAGCACCGAGAGGGCCGACACUCACGUCUCCUUCAUGAGAAAAGCCAACGUGCUGUGCUCCCUGCUGAUCGACGCUGUGCUGGGCCUGUUCAUCGUGUCCCUGCUGUACCGGGAGGACCGCAUCUCGCUCAUCGCCGAUGCCCUUCUGCCUCUUGCGGAGAAUGUUGCUUCGGAGCUACGCAGCCUACUGCAGUGGCUCAUGGGAGUUCCCGCUGGCCUCAAGUUGAACAACGCACUCGACCAAACGCUCGGAAGAUUCUUCCUCUACCACAUCCACCUCUGGCUCAGCUACCUGUCAGUGCUGGCGCCGCUGGUGCGGCCCGUGCUGUGGCACGCUGGGCUCUCUGCCUGCCUGGGUGCCUCCAUCCUGCUCUCCGUGGCGUCUGACAUUCUCUCGCUGCUCACCUUCCACAUCUACUGCUUCUACGUCUACGCCGCCAGGCUUUACAAGCUCAUGGUGUACGGCCUCACCUCCCUCUGGAGGCUGUUCCGAGGCAAGAAGUGGAACGUGCUGCGACGCCGCGUCGACUCGUGCUCCUACGACGUCGAUCAGCUCUUCCUGGGUACCCUGCUCUUCACAAUCCUCCUGUUCCUGCUGCCCACGGUGGCGCUUUAUUACCUCGUCUUCUCGCUGCUGCGUCUGGCGGUGGUGGUAGUCCAGGGCGCCCUGCACCAGCUGGUGGAGCUCAUCAAUUCGGUCCCCACCUUCGCGCUGGGACUCCGAAUCUGCCGGGGCUACCGCUUGGCAGACGGUAUCACGAUGGAGGUUCUGGAACAGAACUCGAGCAGGAUUCUGCAUCUGGACAUGCAGAUCCAGCCACUGUCACUGACGAGUGUCCUGCGGCGGUACCGCCUGCCGACGUACAGCAGCUCGGCGCAGCACUCGUGGCUGUCACUGCUUGGCAAACUGUGCGCCGGUGACCUAAUCUACCCGUGGCGGCACAAGGACGAGAAAGUGGAGUAGACGCCCCAGAGGUCACGUGCACUCGAGCGUGCACGGAGGGGCACCCGCCCGUCUCUCGGAGGCAGUUUACGCCGUGGUGGUGUCGGUGGCGUCGGUGGCAGAUGCGUGGGGCCCAUGAUGACGCAGAAUGGAUCUCUGUGGUCCUAGUUCUCAUACAGUGCAGCAGUCCACGUUUUUUUUAUUCCUAAAACAAGUGGGCAUAGUGUGUACAUAUACAGCCCCUUUUGUCGGUCCACUAGAUGAUUGCCUCCCUACGCCACGCAGGCAAUGGAGGUAAUUUGACCAUACUUCACCACGCACGUCAGUUCUAGUUUGCGAAGGCAGGGAGCUUAGAAAUGCAGUUCAACAAUGUAUUUUGCCCGCACUGCCCUCUGCUGCCCACAGUGCCUGAAAACACCCGUUUUGGCUUGGCGAUUGCCAAUCCAUCCUUGCUUAGCUUCUUUGAGCUGAUGAGAUGGCAUGCAUUCCAGGUGAUUUGGUUAUAUGCCAACACAGUAUGCUUACUACAUUGUUACGUGGAGAUUGUCAGGAAAUGGAUCAAUUUGGACUGGUGGAAUGAGAACGAGUGUCUGAGAGCCCCGUAAUUUAAAAAAAAAGCCUCCACCGGCAGCAUCGACGUUUUUCUUUAGUAACGUGUGUCGUCUUAAGUCUCCCCUGUGCAUUUAUUGGGUUUGGACGAGGCCACUUGCCUCGCUGUCCGUGUGCCUGUGCUCCCUCUCUUACCCUACGCGUUCUCCCCGUAUCCCCCGCCCCCACGUGCUCCUGUCUAGCGGAUUGUCGUUGCCAUUAAGGAUACUUCCUUGUGUGCCCAUUGACUCCCUAGAUGCCAUGCUGGUACAAAAACAAAACAAAAAUAUACAUAAUUCCCUAAUACUCAGGUCUUAGUUGCAAGAGAGAUCUCUCAGUGGGCUCACACGUGGACAGAACACAUUGGCGGCGGUCACCGUUAUUACACCCGUGUGUUCCCCCUCCUGUUUAUUAAUUCCUUGAUGAUGUGUGCCCUACUUUUGCCGCCCCCCCCCCCGCACCAUCGCCGGAACCUUGUUUAAAUGGUCGUUCCACGUGUCACUCUUGUGAUUUAUGAAACCCAACGUGUCUGCUCUGUAAAAUUAGAUAAUGCCCUUAUGGGCAUCUUUUUUUUGACGCGGGGGUUGGGGUGGUGGCGGUGGUGGUGGUGGGCCCUUGGGACACGACCCAGUCCGGGACCCCCGCCGCCCUCCCACCCCCUAUCGGUAGUUGCUUUGCGGAACCGCGUUUCGCUUGAGAAAAUGAGAAGCGAGACGUCGCGCACACACACAUACACAAGCCGCCGCCACCACCCCCUCCCGAUCAAAAUUAUUCUACAUGCCUCGUGCAUAUGAAUACAUACUGUACACCGUUGUAAAGUAUGGGCUAUCCUGUAUAUGUGCUGAUUUUUCGUCUGCUUUUUGGGACCAUUUUGUAAAAGUGACGUUUUGAGAUCAUGGGAGAGAUAAUGAUGAUGGCACGUUUAUGACCUUAACUGUUAUUGUGCUCGUCUUAAUAAACAGAUCGAUGUAACUGUUAAUAAAAAAAAAUGUGUUUUUAAGGCCAGUUUUGUUUUGGUGUGGAGUACAUAUUUGUAUAAAAACAAAAAAAUCUGCGCUCUAAAUGAACAAUCUUUAGGUGAUUUAAAUGUUCUCAAGUUUGUACGACUUGGCAUGAAAAUUAAGCAGUAUUUUAUUAUAUUGAUUUUUUUUGUCGACAGCAUCGUCCUAAUGUUGUAUUUUACAAAAAAUAAUAAACGAGUGGCAACGUCUUCUC